CAGGGGUCUGACUGGCUCACUGGGUCUGGACCAGGACUAUAUAUAAUGCAAGGCUUGCUGAGAGACAAAGACACACACUAGAAAAAUAGCAGUGGCUCUGUCACAUUGGAAAGAGUGUCUGUUGAAUCAAAACACCAACUUCAAUCACUAUGUCACAGCCAGGCGAGGUGAAGAAGAAGAAGCGUCCCCCGAUGAAGGAGGAGGACCUGAAAGGAGCCCGCAGUAAACUGGGACUGAAGGGCGAGGUCAAGAGUAAGACCUAUGAGGUCAUGGUGGAGUGUGAGCGUAUGGGCAAAGUGGCUCCAUCUGUGUUCAGUGGUGUGAGGACGGGGACAGAGACAGUCCUGGACAAGUCUGCUGCUGCCAAAGUUCCUGGGUCCAGUGUGUUCAGCAAGUAGGCACACUGCAGGAUAAAACGGAAAGCACUGACGAAACACACACACACACACACACACACACUGUAGUCUUUAAGUAUUUGAGUCAGUGGUGUUUCUGCAUACGGAUUGCGAACUGUUUUUGUUUUUUAUUUCAUUCAUAUCAUAUGGGAGUGGAAUUUAGGAGAUAUAAUGGGCCUGUUUUGUGUUAGUGGUGUGUGUUGACAUUACUGCUACACAAUCAAUUAUUGCACUUUGCAGUUUGGACAGUGCAUCAGGCUUGGAGAAUAGGUUUUUAAUGUGCCUGAUGACAUUUAUGUAUCAGUGGUGACAAAGCUUUUUUAAAACAUUUGCUUAUUUAAGUUUUUUUUUACUUGACCAUUUUCUUUAAUAAAUUAUUUUCACCUGUAUUGAAAUUUAACGUUGUUUCUCAAUUUGUUGUUGCUAAACUACAACAAGAGGGUUAGUUAUAUUUAAUGCUUGGAAAGAACACCUGACAGAUCACUAAAUGCAGGUAAACAGUAAUUGUGGCAGGUAACCUCAGUACAAUCACAAUGAUCAACAUAAAUGUUACAUUAUGCUCUAGUGUGUAUGUACAAUACAGCAUAAAAGCAAAUAGUUUCUGUUUGUACUUACGUGUAAAUUUGUUGAGUGUAGCAUGAUACAAAUAAGAGACGUGUGAUGACUAAUGAUUGUCUAAUUGUAUUGUAGGUAAGUUGACUAAGGAGAAAAUGUUUAAAAAAAAUUCAAUUUGAUUGUUAUUCACAGUUUCAUUACAUUUACAAUAGUAGAUGUAUCUCUUACUUUAUAGUGUAAGUCUUCAGUAAAUAAAGAAAACUUUGUCAGUG